AUGGAAAGGUUGGGAGUCAAUUGCCAUUUUAGAGAUGAGCUUCACAAUAUUCUUGAUGAAAUAUAUAGGGGUUGGCUGGCGAAAGACGAAGAGAUAUUCUCUGAUAUCAGUUGUCUAGCCAUGGCAUUUCGACUGCUACGAACCAAUGGAUAUGAUGUCUCAUCAGACGAAUUAGCUGCUUUUGUUGAUGAGGAGAAGUUCUUUGAUACAUGUGGAAUACAAAACACCAGCAUCGCAACAUGUCUAGAACUCUACCGAGCUUCACAACUGAGAAUAUACGAAGAAGAACAGAUUUUGGAGAAAAUUCUUACAUGGACUAGAGAAUUUCUGAAGAAACAAGUCUUGAACCAAAACAUUCUGGACAAGAAACUAUGUAGAGAGGUGGAACAUGACUUGAGGAAUUUCUAUGGAAAACUCGAUCGAGUUAGUCAUAGACGAACCAUCGAAUCAUAUGAUGCUCAAGAAUUUCAAAUGCUAAAAACAGCAUAUAGGCCUCGUACAAUUUACAAUGACGAACUUGCCAUGUUCGCAGAGCAAGACUUCAGAAUUUCCCAAGCACAGUAUCAGGAAGAACUAAAACAAGUGCAGAAGUGGUUCGUCGACUGCAAUAUGAAUCGCUUGAAACAAUCGAGGGACACUACGCUAGUUUCUUUGGCAUUUGGUGCUGGUGUAAUGGCUGACCCUGAAUUAGCCCAGGCUCGUAUAACCUUUGCUCAGUGCACGGUUCUCUCAACCGUGAUUGAUGAUUUUAUCGAUAAUUAUGGAUCCAAAGAAGAGUUUACCAGCCUCGUAGAGUUAUUAAAAAACUGGGAUAAGCAGAAGCUGGAGGAGAUCUCUUACAGCUCUAGAGAAGUAGAGAUUAUGUAUACUGCAAUAUGCAAAACCAUCGACGAACAUGCAAAAAAGGCUUAUGCCGUGCAAGGCCGUUGUGUUAAGCAAGAACUACACGAAUUGUGGCUUGAGGUACUUAAAGAGUUUCUAAAUGAGAAGGGUUGGGGAGACAAGAAGAUUACAACCAUGGAUCAAUACAUAUCCACUUCUUGUAUAACUACCACCGUGAAACUCUCGAUUAGUUCGGCCAGUUAUUUUCUAGGACACAAAAUACCCGAGGGCUUAUCAUCAACUCCCGAUUUCGCUACAAUGUUGUACCACGCAAGCUUGGCCGGUUGACUCCUCAACGACAUCAAGACUUACAAGAGGGAGCAGAAAGAAGGUUGAACAUCAUCGGAAUUCUGACAGCUGGAGGAGCUGUGUCGGAGGAGGAAGCUGUUUCGAUGGCGCAGAGAAUGAAAGAAGAGAGUCAGAGGAAAGUGUUGCAGAUGGUUUGUCUGAGUAAGGGAAACAUGGUUCCUAGAAGAUGUCGAGAAUUCAUUUGGGGGAUCUGUAAGAUUGCUAAUUGGGUCUACGCCGAAGAUGGUGGCGACCAAUUCUCGUCGCCGGAGAAUAUUGUCGAGGAUAUUAAUGCAUUGCUUUUGAAGCCACUCGACUCCAGAGGAUUGUUGAAAGUUGAACUCGAUGAUGGUGAAAUUCUGGAGCUUUCUACUGUCUGAAAUUUUAAGAACUACAUACAUUAUAGACAGAACCUUAGUACUUAUAAAUGAUGCAUUUAUUAUAUUCGAUUGAACGAUAUAUUUGGUUUAAAAACAUGACUUUGGAGGCUGCUUCUUAAGAUUUCUGCUCAAUUUGAAGGUUUCUUCUCAAGAAGAUUCAUAAGGAAA